UUUGUGCAAGAUAGAAAAAAUUCAAAGCUGAAGCAAACCACUAUUAAUGAGGCAUGUAAAAAGGAAUUGCGAAAAAAAGCAUGUAAGGAUAUAGCUCGAUGAAUGUAUGAUGCGGCAAUUCAUUUUAAUGUCGUCAAUUAUCCAAGUUUUCAAGUUAUGGUGGAGUCUAUUGGACAAUUUGGGAUUCGUAUGAAAGCACCUAGUUUUCAUGAGGUGCGGGUUCCCUUAUUGAAUGAAGAAGUUGUUGAGGUGAAGAAUUCAUCAAAGUCCUAUGAAAUAUAAUGGGCAAAGUAUGGUUGUUCCAUAAUGGCAGAUGGUUGGACUGAUGAGAAACAAAUGCCUGAUAAAUUUCUUGGUGAAUUCUCCAAAGGGAACUGUUUUCAUAGAAUCUAUUGAUGCAUCAGAGUACUAAAAAACUAGUGAUAAGAUGUAUGAGCUGCUUAACAGAUUUGUGGAGCGUGUUGGAGAGGCUAAUGUGGUUCAAGUUGUGACAGAUAAUGCUAGCAAUUGUGUGCUUGCUAGUAAUUAAGAGUUUUUAUUCUUACUAUUAUUAGAUAGUUUAAUUUCAUUUUAAGUAAAUAAUAUAUUUAAUAUUUAUGCUACUAUAUUUGUUUUGCUUAUAGGGAAGUUCUUAGAAAAAAACGCUCUCAUUUGUAUUGGACUCCUUGUGUUGCCCAUUGCAUAGAUUUGAUGCUAGAAGAUAUUGGGAAAAUUCCCAACAUUCACAACACAAAAAAGGGCAGUGACAUUGAAUGGAUAUAUUUACAUUCGUCCAGGUGUGGUGAAUAUGUUGCGGCGCUUUAUUAGUGAAAGAGAGCUAAUUAGGCCAGCUGUCACAAGAUUUGCAAUUGCUUUUCUCACCCUUCCACGCAUACAUAAGCACAAGGCGAAUUUGAGAAAGAUGUUUACUUCAGAGGAAUGGACCAAAAGUAAAUGGGCAAAAGAACUAUCUGGUAAGAAAGCAUGUGGUAUUGUCAUGAUGCCUACUUUUUGGACUAAUAUUGUUUAUAUCUUAAAGAUAUUUGGUCUAUUAGUUCGUGUGCUUAGAUUAGUUGACAGUGAGAAAAUGCCUGCAAUGGGAUAUAUUUAUGAGGCAAUGGAUAGGGCUAAAGAAGCAAUUGCACAGUAAUUUGGUGACAAUGAAGAAAAAUACAUGACAAUUUUUUAGAUUAUUGAUAAACAAUGGGAAAGCCAACUCCAUUGACCUUUGCAUACAGCUGGAUAUUAUUUGAAUCUUGAAUUUUUCUAUUCAAAUGGGAAAAUUAAUGAAGAUGUUGAGGUUGUUAUACCAAGUUAUAACAAGGUUGAUUCCAAACAAAGAAGAGCAAGACAAAAUAAUGGCACAAUUAUCUUUUUAUCAAAAUGCUGAAGACAUCUUUGGGAUGGAUAUGGCAAUUAGGAAUCGAAAGAAAGUAUCUCCAGCUACAUGGUGGCUAACUUAUGGAGCAGCAAUUCCAAAUUUGAGAAAUUUUGCUAUCAAAGUGCUUAGCCUCACUUGUAGUGCAUCUGGUUGUGAGCUUAAUUGGAGCAUCUUUGAGCAUGUACAAGCUAUCCUACUAUCGAUUUGGAGAACUGAUAACAGAAUAUGGCAAGCCUGCAGGGUAUGAUCGUGCAAGGGGUGUUGAAAUUGGAAAUAAGGAUGUUAAACUUGAAUACUUGGAAGAAGCUUUCACAACAUCUAAUUGGAUCGUCCGUAUUUACAAGGUGAAGCCGCCUAAUAAUAGGUGGUAAGGUCCUUCUGUGUCUGCAGGGCGGAAAUGAUGGAUGGGAGCUUGAAUCAGGAAACACAUCUGGCUUUAGAAGAAACUAGUUUUUGGUUUAGAGACUGAGUUUGUAACAUUAAAGGCUCUUAAAUUUUCUGGACCCCCUUUUUUGGAGUUUUUGUAAUUCCCCUACACCUUUAGUUGAAACAAUUUAGACAUUUUAGAUCAUUGAUCGCUAAGUAAUCAGUGUAACGAACUAGCUUGGUGCAAUUUAUAGGACUUGAUUGGGUGAUAA